AAUCGUUUAGAUUACGUGCUAUUCUAUUAUGGACGAUUAAUGAUUUUCCAGCCUAUGCUAAUCUGUCUGGGUAUUCCACAAAGGGAAAGUGUGCUUGUCCUGUAUGUGGUCCGGAAUUUGAAGCUCUUCAAUUACCACAUAGCCGAAAGAGUUGUUAUUGGUUUAAUCGAAGGUGGUUGCCCUUGAGUCAUAAGUACAGAAAAUUAUCAGCUAAGUUUGAUGGCACAGUUGAGAAAAGAAUGAAGCCGCGUCAACUCACAGGUACUGAGAUCGUUCAAUUACUUGAGGGGUUUCCAAAAGUUGUGUUUGGGAAAAAACGCUAUUCUAAAUUUAGCCCGCUCAGAGUAAGAGAUUAUUUAAAGUCAAAAAGGCCACUGAAGCGUAAGCGAAAGGUCCGGAAAAUGCAAGUUGAGGAAGAAGACCAAAAAUUACCUAGAGGAUGGACUAAAUUUAGUAUCUUCUUUCAGCUACCUUAUUGGCAAAAUCUUAAAAUCCGCCACAACUUAGAUGUCAUGCAUAUUGAGAAAAAUAUAUGUGAUAACAUAGUAUCAACUCUCCUACAAGAUGCAAACAAGUCGAAGGAUGAUCUACGGGCGCGCCAAGAUCUGACUGCUUUGAAUAUCCGAAAUGAUUUGCAAGCUCAAGAUGUUGGACUUAAAAAAUUAAAGUUGCCUCCGUCUCGUGUUACACUGACAAAUGAGCAGAUGCAACGAUUUUGUGAAAUUCUCAAAUCAGUAAAGUCUCCGGAUGGUUACUCUGCUAACAUUUCAAAUAAUGUCCAAGUGCAAGAGCGAAAACUCUUAGGUCUGAAGACCCAUGAUUAUCACGUUCUUCUCCAUCAAUUGCUUCCUGUUGCAAUCCGUAACAAUAUGGAUAAAGAAGCGUCGAAGAUUAUUAUUGAGUAUUGUGGGUUUUUCAGAAAAUUAUGCUCUAAAGUCAUAGAUGUAGAUGAAUUUAAAAAACUUGAAGCUGAGGUCCGAGUUACUCUAUGCAAUAUGGAAGUAAUAUUCCCUCCUUCUUUUUUUACGGUUAUGGUCCAUCUUACCCAGCAUCUUGCAAGAGAGGCUAGAAUCGCCGGACCUGUUACUUAUCGUUGGAUGUAUCCGAUUGAGAGAUACUUGGGCUCCAUGAAACAUAAUGUUCGCAAUCGAGCUCGUCCAGAAGGCUCGAUAGCUGAAGGAUACGUGGCAAAUGAAUGCUUUAUUUUUGCAUCACGUUACAUGCGCCAGAAGAAAACCACGGCUCAAGUACCAGAUAAGGAGAGAAAGCGUGAAAAAUAUCCGAGAUCUCUCUUAGAACAAAUUCAUGCAUAUGUGCUGGAAAACCUUGAUAUGUUCGCAGACUAUCGAAGGCGACAUUUGGAGAAGCUUAAGAAUGAAACAACCGGUAGGAAUGCAGCGCAUAAUAUUCAGAAAAGACAUAGGAAAGAAUUUUCUGAUUGGUUAAGAUUUGAUGUAAGUAUUUAACAAUUAAUUUAUGAACAUUCAUAAUAUAACAUCCCCUAAAUAUUCUGAAAUUUUUUGUCUUAGGUUGAUAAAUCACUUCUUGAUGGUACUACGUUACCAGAUGAAAUUAUUAUACAUGCACAACGCCCUUAUUAUGAAGUGAGACGUUAUAAU